GUGCUUGUUAGAUUCUCAUUGAGACAUGUUGUCAAUGUAGCUCGUUAGCUUGCAGGACAAAUGGGCACUGCGGCUUGAAGUCUCCAGGAAGUUUGGGAAUUUAUCAGACGGAGCUGACUUGUUUAACACUUAUGUCACAUGCUUCUACAUUGUCAUGUCCUAUAACCUAAUGUUUUAUUCAACAUGUAUGUUUCAGCCUUUGGUGCGAUGAAUUUGGACUCUGGCUAGUUCACCAUGCUUUGCUAGCUUGUUAGCUAGCCACCCAACCAACCACCAUCAUUGUCCUCGUAUCACGGUGCAUAUCACAUUGAAUUAGGCUACGUUUGUUGAAAUGGCACAAAGGAAAGACGUAUUCCAAUCAAAAGUCCUCAACAAGCUUUACCAUAAAGCUCCAACGGAGCAAAAUAAGCCUAACCCUAUUAAUCUUGUGGAGAUUUUGGCGAAUAAACCUGCUCUGAAAAGAAAAACAUUUCCGAAUUCAGUCAAAGAUGAUGGAGAGUCAUUAUCCAGCAGCACUGAUCCAGGCCUGCGGGUUUACACGGCCCUGCCUCCACCUGCAGACUACAGGGCGGGCCCCCAGGGGGAAUCUGUCACACAACCCCAGCCGGAGAGGAUAAAUAGUGACGGGGAAGCAGCUGCAGAGAGCGGCGACGACACAGACCAAGACGGACCGAGCGAAGACCACAGGAGACGCAGAAGAAGAAGGGGGAAAAAGACGCGGGCCCCCCGCGAACAUUCCUCCAUCGAUGGAGCAACCGGGGCGGCUGAACCAAAAGCCAGACACCUCACACGAGACUCCAAUGCCACCGCUGAGGGGGGUGGGGGAGAUGGUGGCGGCGGUGGGGAGCCCCUGAGCAGAAACAGAAGGAGGAAGCUGAAGAAGAAACGCCACAAGGAGAAGCUGCACGCGCUGGGCCUGGUGCCUCGGGCAUCGGCUCUGGAGUUCACCUAUCAGAGAGAAGGAGACGAGGAGGAGGAGGAGGGGGAGGAGGAGGAGGGAAAGAGUGCAGAUGAGGUGUCAAGGUUCCUCAAGAGCACAAUGGAGAUCUACCUAUCAGACGGCUCAGUGCAUCCAGACUGGCCUACUCUGCCAACCGCAGCACUGCAGAAAUUGCUGAGCAACGUGAUCGACGGAAGCGCCCCUCCGUCAGUCCUGAGGCAGCUCACCCGACUCAUGGGGCUCGUGCAGCGCAAAGAGGCUGGCAGGCUGGCCCAGGCCCUGGAGGACCUCUGCGCCGCGCCCCUGGCUCCAGAAGAAACUGCUGCAUUGGUGCCUCUGUUCAGAUACUGGAUCACAGACAUUCUCCCCAUGCAGAGAGAUGCAAAGGAGUGACCAUCUGAGAACACAUCCGCAAGACUUUGAGAAUGAGACCCAGAGGCUUCUGAAGGACUUGAAGAGUAACUAUGCCAAGCCAUAGGAAACACAAAACAAAAUGUAUUGGCCAAGUCAAGUCAGCUGCCAAUGCCAAUUUGAUCCAUCAGAAAUUCAAGCAAUACAAAUUCACUGUUGUUAAUGAGGAGAAGGUGCUAACCAUGUUUUUUAUACAAGUAUCUCUUGAGUCUCUGUUAGAUGUAUUCAGCAACACCUAAACAAACUACUGCUUAAUAAACGGCUGCAUUUUGGUACCAUCCA